ACCAAGCCUCCCAAGAGCACUGCCUCUCACCUGAGACCUUUCUCAUCCCGCUCCAUAUCUGGCGCAUCGAUACGUACGCACACUCAUCGGAACCCAAAGACGCCUCAUCUUUACUGGAGAGGAGAAAACUAUCCUAGAAGUCAUGGCGUCAUACUUCGAUCUCCCGCCGUCCCAGAAGGCCGCGCCAGCUGCGAGUCUAGAUCAAAUACCCCAGGACCAGCGCAAACAAUUGGGUCGCAUGAACAGCUUAAUGUCCCCUGCAGUCACACAGAUAUUGGAAGGAUUAGGCGACGACCACUCAGACAGCGAUAGCAGCGAAGGAGACAUAUCUGAACAAGAAGAGCAACGUUCCACUCAACAUACCAAGAAAUCACUCGAGCCUCAGCGGCUGAGCCAAGAUAAACAAAAGCAUAUCGCUGGCCAGAACCCUCGACCUUCAUCAUUGUCACCAAGCAGAAGUUCUCUGAAAUCGGGUACCGGCAAAAGUUCAAUUCACUCUAAAACUUCUUCGGCACGUGGGAGCGGAGAAAACUCCGCAAAGCCCAGACAAAAACAGCCUCACAUGGCGCGAUUCCACUCUCUUCGCAGCAUGCUUUUCCAACAAAGAAUUGAAGACCAAAUGAAGACUGUCACACAAGAAGACUGUCAGAAUGAACAAAACGCGGCAGACAAGUGGCAUAAGCAACACGAAGAACGCCAGAUGCACCGCACGGGGACACCCGAGAAGGACUCAUCAGGGAAGAGUGGAAUUGGAAGCAGACUGAGAAUGACGGUAAGAAGGAUGACAACAAAAGAUGCGGGGAAUAUGGAGAAGAUCAGGGAAGAUGGCGCACCAGUCGAAUUCAAUGAUCGGGCAUCAACGGCCUCUUCAGACGUGGAAGGAGAACAAAGGAAUCCAUAUGAGAGUGAUGGAGAGAGCAUCGAUCAUUCUGACGUGGAAGAAUUGGUACGUUGGGUCAGUCGACGGGAUCCACCCAGUGACGGUGAAAGACGAAAAGACAACAGUGUGGUGGAGGCCAAAGAGGAUAGUGGCCACGAGAGCCUUGGGCCGUCGGAUGUUGAUGAACUUGUUCGUUUCGCCAGCAGAAAAUCUGACGCCAAAGAGACUCGCUCAAUCAACGACGGACAUUCGGGGUAUAGCGAUGCGUCCACUGAGUCUGACAGCGAACUCAGAGAAGUAUCUUCAGAUGAAGAAGAGGACGCAGAUGACCUCGUACGCUGGAUAUCGCAUCGCGACGGACCUAAAGCAGGCCCAGUGCGUAGGAACUUGCAACGAGCGGAACUGGACUCUGAUGUAGGAGAGCACUACGAGUCUGACGUACCAGAACUAGGUCGCUGGUUCAAGCGCCACGACGGCACUAGCGGCGAGUCUGCAGCAUCUACGCCUGUCAAGGAGACUUUUGACGAUUUUGACGAAGAGGAGCAGCGUGGUCGCCCAAGAAGCCGCGAGGAAAUUGAACCAAUCAAGGAAAAGAGGCAUAUUACAGACGACGACGUCGACGAACUUGUCCGCUGGGUGAGCAGGAAAGAUUCCAAACAGCAAGAAUCACCCGUGCUAGAAGGCGAUAAUCCAAUUGGCCGUCUAAAGCGGGAAGAGGAAGAGAAGCAGCAACAAAUCGGCAUGAGUGUCGAUGAUGGUAGUCUCUCCCAAGCUGAUCUACCGGAUGUUGUCGAACAUGCGCGAAAGACGAGUGGUGGUCCCACUAAUUCUCCACCAACAGGCCCGUUUGCAGUCGAAACCGGCGAUUUGCGAGUACUAAGGGACGAAAAGACAAAAGCGGUUACCCCAGACCGUGACUCCCAGCGCGAUCUAGACGGGCAGAGAGAAAGUCUAGACGAGAAGAAACAAGAGCUAGGCAUGAGUCAUGAUGAUGAGAGUCUGAGCCACAGCGAUGUGCAAGACCUAAUCGCACACGUAAAGAAGAUCUGAGAGAUGUUGCUUGAGAUUUAGGGAGGGAUCCCCACGAGAACUUCAUCAAAAACCCGUCUCCUUAGCUCAAUUGGGAGAGCGCCAGACUGAAGUCUCAGUCACUAAAUCUGGAGGUAUCGUGUUCGAUCCACGAAGGGGACAACGUGCCUGAGUCAAUUCUCAGGAUUCUUCGAACUUUCUUUUUGCACAAACUGCGGCUCAGAGGUAUGGCAGUCGGAUUGUAUUUAUCGUAUCGUGCGGGAUCCGUGGAGACACGCGGAAGCUAAGCGAUGUGGGUGUGUGGAUCUGGGUAGAAUACGAGAAGAUCUAGACUGUGGCUGGGGUUCACUGUAGCAUCAUGUACUUAGCUUGUAGCACAGUUUUUGAUACCAACUAAUAAGUAUGCCAAGCGAGUGAAAA